CUCUGCAACAUUUUUACACUAAUUCAACAUUAUCAGUGACAGAAUGGGAGAGAUGGCUUCUCUUUGGAGUUAUGCAGAGCAUGGAGAAAUGGAUCAAUUGGGGCAAAAGCUGCUCUACACGAGUCUAGAACUCGAAAAACUGAAAUCCGAAGCCAUGGAAGAAAUGGGGAAAAACAAAGAAUACGUGAAUCAACUCAUCCAGCUCCUCAAAUUCGCAAUCAACGAGCGAGACGAGGCGCGGAAGCAGCUUGACGACCUGAUCAGCGCCUCCGCCGGCACGGAAAUGUUUUACGGCGGCGCCGACAGCCCUCUUCUCAAUCCGCCGGCGGCGAAGGCGAAUUCGAGCAUAACCGAAUCCAACAGCUUCUCCGAAACGCACAACUACCAGUCCCCCGUGGAAUCCUUCUUCGACGCCGCCGUGGAUCGGGCGGCGCUGGUGGUGGAGAGCCUCGCGAAGGGGAGGGUUCUGCCGCGGAAGGGGAUGCUGCUGCAGGCGGUUCUGCAAGCGGGGCCGCUGCUGCAGACGCUGAUGGUGGCGGGGCCGCUGCCGCGGUGGCGGAAUCCGCCGCGGAUGCGGCCGUUUGAGAUGCCGGCGGUGGGUAUCGGAGGCGGCGAGGCGGAGUUUGCUCCUGGACACCAGAUGAUGGGUGGUUCGAUUGGGUCGAAUCUGGGGGAUUUUAGUUUUGGGAAUAAUGCUUCUUUGGUUAGUAGUAAUAGCGGCGGCUGUUUCCGGUUGCCCAAACGCCAGAGGUUCUGUUGAAGUUAUGAUUAUUAUGAGAGCCUACCAUAUUUUUUUGUAUAAUUAGGAGAUGGAGGAGAAGUCGUGUAAAUGUGAUUUAUAAUACUUGAUGAAUUGAUUAUUUUGG